AUCAAGCUUGUGAAUAUCAAUCCAUCAGAUAUCGUAGAUGGCAAACAUACAAUUGUGCUGGGACUCAUUUGGUCCAUUAUCCUGUACUUCCAGAUUGAAGAAAAUGCUCAUCAUAUUGCCAAAGAGGCAGAAACACCAAAAGAUGCUGUUGAUGGUGCCACCCCUCCAAAGAAAAAGAUGUCCGCUCUUGAAAAAUUUAAAGGUGGUGCCAAGAAAGCAUUGCUGGUGUGGACGCAGAAACGCAUUAGCGAAAAAAUUGGCAUCGAGAUUAAGAACUUUGGGCAGAGUUGGCGUGAUGGUAUGGCAUUCAAUGCUGUGGUGCACUCUAUAAUGCCAGAUGUUAUUGAUAUGGAGAGUCUCAUACACAAGACCAACCUUAAGAGAUUGGAGGAGGCAUUUGAUGCAGCAGAGACGCAUCUAGGAAUACAUAGACUCCUGGAUCCUGAGGAUGUUGAUGUUGACAAACCAGAUGAGAAGUCAAUCAUGACAUAUGUUGCACAGUUUUUGAAAAAAUAUCCCGACUCUGAGAGUGCACCUGCACCCAAGUUGCUGGCACAGGUUGACCAGGCCAGACUAGUAGCUCAACAAGAGAAGAAAGAAUAUGGAGACCUGGUAGCUUGGUUGGAGAGUGUGAGUGUUAAGCUAGAGAUAGUGGACCAGCCUGUACAGGACAGACAUAGGGAAUAUGGGGAUUACCUUCUUCACGAAAAUGACCUGAAAAGCAAACGUGAGGUCUAUGAGAGACUACAAAUGAGAAAAGAGUCCAAUGUGUCAUUAACGAUGAGCGAAGAAAAUUGGAUAUUUUUACAACAAAAAUGGAGUUAUGUAACGAAAAGGACUCGAAAAUGGCGGUGGAAGCUAGAUAGUAGUUUACCGGGAAAAUUAGGAUAUAUCGGACAGUGGAUGAAAGAUGCAGAUGAUCUACUGGAGCAGGAAGCCCUUGUAUCCACGGCAACAGAGGGUGGUGAAAAAGAGGCUACAGAUGUGAGAAAGAGGCUCGAAGAACAUGAGCACCACUUCCAGAAUUUAGACAAACUCAGUCAAGAUUUAACUCGGAUAAAAUUCGAUGGAAAAUGUGACGGUCAAAUGGUGCCCCAACCACAACUUGUCGAAAUGUCCGACAGAAUGGACGUCAUAAGAACAAACUCUACCUCAUCUCAUAAAAAACUGUCAUACACAAACUUAAAAUUCAGACUCUUACAGUUCUUAGUUGUAUCGGAGCAGAAAUUGAAACAAUGGACGAUGAAAUAUUCUCGCCAAUCAGAUGUAGAGCUGCUAUUAGAAGAUUAUAUUGAUUAUGUACAUGCAAAGCAAUUGUUUAAGGAGUUUGAUUCAGUGCAUCAACAGAUAGGAGCAGUGGCUAAAGCAUAUCAGGGCCAACCUGGACAAGAUGCAGCAGAAAUAGAAAAAGUGAACACAUUCCUAUCAGAGGUGAACAGUCGCUGGAAGAAGGUGUCCGUAGAGAUACGUAGCGUCCAAACCAUGCUUGAAGAGGUGGUUCAGUACUGGACAAGGUACACUGCAUGCGUUGAUAUUCUCAAUGUAUGGAUGGUUGAUGCGGAGAAAAUGUUAGACAUGCCACAGGCAGAGAAAAGUGAAUUCUUCCAAGACAUUGCCAAAUGGCAGGAGAAGCACGCCAUUUUGAAUGAAGCUGGAAACUUCCUGAUAGAAGUGUGUGAGGAGACGGUUGCUGGGGAGAUUAAACAACAGUUACUGCUUAUUAACAGGAGGUGGAAAGAUCUGUUUGAUCAGAUACGAGUCUACCAGGAACAGGAGGCAUCCCAGAUGACUCAAGAUCAGUAUGAAAAAGGCGUAAUGAGUAUUGCAUCAUGGUUAAACCAUACCGAGGCUCUACAUAUUGUCGAUGUGGAGUGUGCUAUAGUCCCAGUGAAGCAACAUAAUCAAAACUUAGAGAGUAAAAAGUCAGAAGAAUCAAAGAUGGAAGAUGAUUUUAAACAAGUCUCAAAAAUUGCUCAAUCCCUUGUGAAAUCCAGUGUUAAAGAUGUUGUGAACAAGAUGCUGGAUACGCUUAAAAUGCUAAAAGAGCGUCUAGUCAACUCACGCAAAGAUUUGGCCCAGGCCAUUAAAUCAUUCAAACAGGUGCUAACUAAUGUAGAAUCUCUAGACCAUGGAAUCUCUGAACUGGACAGUUGGAUUCAGAGUGGGGAAGAAAUGCUACAGUCUCACAAAGUAUUUGAUACCAAAGCAGACACACAGAACAGACUGCAGGUUCAUAAGAACCACUUCAGUCAGACAGUCCAGUUCAAGACAAAAUGGGAGGAGAUCUCCAGAACCUUCCAGAGGAUUCUCAAGCUCAAUCUCACCAACCUAAAGGCCUCUGAGAAACAACAACAACUUGAUAGGCUUAGUCAGAGGUUCAGGAACCUUCUAUCAAGUGCUAGAGAGUGGGAUCAGAAGCUUGAAAGAUCCUUGCGUCUCUGGCAGAUCUGGGAAGAAGCCUCCAGUCCCCUCUUAACAUGGCUCGACCAAUCAGAAUCUUACCUUGAUGCGGUGAAUUCUGAUGUGGAUUCCAAGCUGCUUAUGCAGCAACAUACAACACUGUUUGGGACAAUAGACCAGAACAUGUUGCAGCAGUAUUUGAAGACAGGCCAGGAGUUAGCGAAUUAUAUGGAAGAAGAUGAUAAAGUGAUGUUGCAAAAGAAGAUGGCCAGUGUACAUGCUAGGUGGAAGAAUACACUGUUCAGAGCACCAAUGAAGCUAAUGCAGCUGGAGUUCAAGGAGCCUGAGCAACAUUUCCUGAUGAACAUAGAACAUGCAGAGAAUUUAUUGACUCAACAGGAGGAGCAGAUUGAGAGGAAUGAGAAUCUACAACAGCUCCUUAAAGAACAUAUGGAGAUGUUCCAUCAAAGUGACUUCCUCCCCAAGUGCAACAAGUGCCUCAAGGCAAUGCAGGGUAUAGGGGAGUCACUGGAAGAGCAUUCCAAGGAGGAUAGAUCUCUGUUAGAUAUUCACGAUCGUCAUCAUGCACGUCUCCAACAGCUGCUCAAUAAGAUAGAAGUCGUCCUGGUGCAACUACAACAAUUCCCAGAGAGGUGGAAGGUUUAUAACACAAAACUGACAACAUUUUGUACCUGGGUGUCUGAUGUUGAGUCCAGUGUUGCAGACAUGAAGCGUGAUGCGCCAAGUGUCAAUGAAUACAAGCAGAAGGCUGACCACUUCAAGCAAAUCACCAAAACAGUUGAAAUCCAAACUGAAGAGGUUCAGUGGUUUGUGUCAACUCUUAAUGAAUUAAUUGUUAAUGUUGAUGAAGAAGAGGCUACAAGACAACAAACUCGAUUGGAUACCGCAAUCACCAACUAUAAUCAAGUCCUUCCUGAGGUUCAAGAGAUUACUAGGAGCUUAGAUCGUACGGAGGAAGGUUAUGCGUUCUGUGAUGAUGCUAAGAAGAAACUUGAUUUGUUAACAGCAAGUGUGAAUCAGCUUGAAAGUGUCCCUGACAAUGAAGUUGAUGACUUGGCAUCUGCUAAACAACUACUAGCCCAACAUCAGACUGAGCUGCAGAAGAUUGAAGCUGAGAAGCAAGCCAUGGAGGAUGAUAUCAGACAAGGAAAGGGCUACCAACAGGAGGCUUCCAUGCCUUCUUACCUGACUGCCACUGUGGAACAACUAGAACACACACUAGAGGGAGCCACCCAACUGGCACAUGCAAAAUACCAGAAAGCACAGGUCAAGGUAGAUCUUUGGGAGAGGUAUGAGAAAGACAAGUCUCAGUUUGAGAAUCACCUUGAACAUAUACAGGAAGAGUUAGAACAACUCCCAUCCCUCACUUCACAUAAAGUAGUCCAGGAUGAAUUACAGAAAAAACGCCAGCUUAUAUCCCUCCACGAUAGUAUCAAACCCUUAGCCAUCCAGAUAGAACAACUUAGUGAGACACUGAAGCAAGCUGCGAGUGAUGAGCGAAAAGAGUCCAUUCGUGCUGAGAUUUCAACCCUAACUGAUCAGCUUGGAAGAGUCACUGCACAGUUAAAUGGGCGUGUCACUGAGCUGGAGGUGAAAGAAGAGAAUUGGGCUGAUCUACAUGCAAGGCUUGAUGAUCUGUCAACCACUAUGGAGAAGAAGGAAAAGAUCUUACAUGCAACAUUGUCUUCCACUGAUCUGCCAUUAGAAGAAAAACAACGUAGAGUGGAGGCUCUGGAGGAAGACAUCUUGCAGCAACAAGAAAUGAUGCAAUCUUUAAAUGAUGAUGCCAAGGGUCUAUCCCAUAAUUUUAAUUCCCGUGAAUCUUCCCCUCUGAAGGCAAAAGUCACGUCACUCAAGCAGAAAUAUGACAAUAUGUGUCAAACUACGGAGAAAGCCAAAUCUGAUCUAUCUAAGAAUGUACUUCAUUGGAACAGAUACCAACAGUUAAACAAUGAUGUAUCACAAUGGCUUGGACGUGCCCAGACUCAACUCAAUGAGGCCACAACAAACCCUGGUUGCCUUGAUGACUGUAACCUAGCAACAGAACAGCAUCAAACCUUCUUGCAAGAUCGUGACUCUGUUCACGCCACCUAUAAGGAGCUUCUAGCAGAAGGCAGUAAAAUUUUGGAUCAGCCUGAUACUUCGGCUCAGCUACAAACCAUUGAAGAGAAUUGGAGUCAAAUGCUUGCCAGAUCAAACGAACAGAAACUCCAUAUGGAUAAAUUGACAACACUAUGGAAAGAUUACGAACAGAGGAGAUCCACAUUGGAGACAUCUAUUGAUGAGUUGAAUGAGAAGCUCCUGCUUGAGUUAAGGGUAACUUCACCAGAGGUCGCUGUACUGGAGGAUGAGUGGUUGAGAUACAAGCCCAUGCAAGAAGAAGGUUCAGCUUUAUUAUCUACACUUGAUAACCUAAAGUAUGCAGGGGACAAACUUACUCCAUUUAUAACACCAGAUACAAACACUCAAAUACAUCAAGAACAAGAUGAAUUGAAAAAAUCUUGCGACGGUAUAAAUCUAACUAUAAAAACACGACUUCACACAUUAGUUGAGACUCUAAGAAAGAGAAAAGAAUUCCGCUCAAAGUUAGAAGAAUUUAUAAAAUGGCUUCAGAAGCUACAACGGAGAUUAGAUGGAUAUACUCAAAUAUUUGGAGAUGAAGUAAAUGAAACAUUUACCAAAAUGGUUGCCAUGGGUGAUGAAUUCAAAGAAAAACGAGACACAUUUGACAGUUUAAGUGCCGAUGUGGAAGAACAAUGUUCUGCGUGUCAUGAAGAUGAGGCUAAUAGUUUAAAUAAAGAAUUUGGAGAAGUUAUUUCAAAUUAUCAAAACAUUGACUCAGUACUACAAGCCAGAGUUGAACUUUGCCAAAAAUGGUCACAAUAUAGUACAGUUCAGAAAGGUGCCAUGUCUCGAUUAAAGACACUUCAGACUAAAGUCCAGUCUCAAGAAUUUAAAGAAUCUGACAUUGGAUCUGUGCGUAAAGAAAUUAAAGGAGUAUAUCAGGUUCUAAAUGAAUGGACUGAACAGAGUACCGAGUUGGAUCAGUUAAUGCAUCGUGCUCAAAUGACAAUAAAAGAUCGCACAACGCAACGUGCAACAACAUUUAGUGAGGAAAUACAAACAGUGAUCUCUGCAUCUGAUGCUCUUAAUGAUACCAUAAACAAUAAGCAAACUCACUUUGGACAAGUUGCCGAUUUAUGGCAGGUGUUCACGUCUGCUAAAGACACAUUCCUAUUAUAUUUAAAAGAUGUGGAACACAGAAUCGAAUACUGUAAGGUACCAGAAACAAGUUUAAAAUCACUACAGAAUACUUUGGAUCAUUUGGACAAAAUACUCAAGGAUUUAGACGCGCAUACAUCUGAGUUAGACAAUCUUAUGGAAAUGGGUCAACAAUUGAAACAAACCGACCAGUCUCAACUUUCAUAUGCUCAGGGAUGUCUUAGUUCAAUAGAGACUGCAUGGGAGGCCACUCAUAACCAACUCGCAACUAAGCAACAAUCUAUGACAUCAGUGGUCUCAUUAUGGAAACAUUAUACAGAGAUGCAUGAAAACUUGGAACAGCUACUUAAUGAAGUGAAGGAAGAGGUUGUUUCAAAACCUAAUUGUCUUACUCAAGAUGAUGUACAAAAAUGUUUGGAUAAAAAUAAGAAUGGAGAGUUCAGAUUGACAAGUAAUGUCUCUCAACUUGAGUCAUUGAAGGCUAAAGGUCAGCAGAUCACCAGUGAGGUGGAGAGUGGGGAGGUGCAAGGCUUUGACAAACAACACAUUCACACCUCAACACAGAAUGUGGUCUUACUAUGGGAAUCCACAAUGCAGACUAUAUCAGAAGGUCAAAAGAAUCUGCAAAGUCAAUUGUCACUCUGGGACCAGAUCCAGGCUGCAGGAAAGGAAAGUUGCGACUGGUUAGAUAUAACCAAAGAGAGGCUCACUGGGUGCCUGGAUGAUUUCAAAGAUGCAACAAAGGCAGAGAGUUGUCUCGAUAAAUACAAAGGUGAACUAGAGUACUUUGAGACAGUACAUGCAACUUACCAAGAGAAAGUAUCUGAUCUUGAAAAACUAAACAAUGAGAAAGACAUUCCCAGUCUUCAUGAUGCUGAGCAAGAGAUCAGUGAGAAAUUCAAGGAGGUUGAUCAACUUGCAACUGAGCUGGCUGCAAAGUUACAACAAUAUUCAGCAACCAAGUCUGGUGUUGAGAGUGAGAUCAGCCAAGAGUUGGAAUGGCUGAAUGAACUGAGGGAGAAAUUGGCCCAAGUUGACACAUUGACUGGGGAUGACACACAGCUGCUGGAGAGGCUUGACACAUGCAAGAGUGUUCAGAGGGAAUUAGCUGCCCACGAGGAAGUGCUGACAAACCUACAGGGUCAGGCUCAGCAUCUCAGUGCCACCUAUAUGUCACCCGAUGCAACUAAUAUUGCCAAAGAUAGCUCUGUUCUUACAAAGAAAUAUGAUACUGUGCUAAAUAGGGCAACAAAGGUUGAAGUGCAGUUGCAGGGUGCACUAGAACAGCAUGCAACUGAGGCACGUGUGGAACAACAAAGAUGGCUGACAACUGCCAAGGAACGUGUCGAGUGGUGUGCUGCAUCUGUGGGUGACAAACACGCUCUCGAAGCCAAACUCGCUGCCAUGGAGGAACUGGUUACAGUGUUACCUGAAGGAGACCAGCGUACUAAGGUGACAAAGGAAAAAGCAGAGAUUCUGGGCACUGCAGUACCUGAGGAACGACGUCUUGAAGUGGCACAGACCAAACAGUUGGCUGAUGAUGAGUGGGCGGCAUAUGUUGAACAACUUGAAGUCACCAAAGCCCAGUUAGAGAAAAGUAAAGCUGCAUGGACAGAGUUUACAGAUCUGUAUGAGACCCUGGGUCAAUGGCUGACCUCGACUGAGGAAACAGUACGCCAAGAACAGAAUCUUAGACCCACUCUGCCAAGUAAACUGGAACAGAACCAGGCAUUCAAGAAAUUAUCCACAAUUGUGUCAGCCCAUCAGGGUGCAGUAGAGUCUCUAAAGGAGCAGGCUGACAGGCUUGGUGGGGCAGAUAGUGCUGCGGCACACCAGGCAGAACAUGUACAUGAUAGAUACAUGGCACUGGUUGAAUCAGUCAAGGUGCACUCUACCAAAAGUGAAGAUAAUGUUGAGGAACAUGAGAAUUACAAGGAGAGUUACGACUCUUGUCUUGUUUGGGUGACUAAAGCCCAGCAGAAGCUACAACCAUGUACCAGCACUACGGGAGAUAAAGAGCAGAUCCAAACACGACUAGACACUGUCAAGGACAUUGCUAAGGAACAACAAAUUGGUCACGCUAAAUUCAACAGCGCUGUUGAAAAAGGUGAACUUCUCUAUCCCCACACAGCCCAAGAAGGCCGUGACAUCAUCAGACAAGAGCUACGCGACUUACGUGAAAGCUGGGAACAAUUUAGCGAUAGUUUGAAUGAAUGUGAACACCGCCUUGAGGCCAGUGUUGUCCAGUGGAGUAGCUAUGACGAUAACUAUAGACAACUGCUACAGUGGAUGGCGGAUACAGAGACCUCUGUUGCCUCCACACUGGAGCCAAAAGCAACCUUACAAGACAAGAAGACAGUGUUGCAACACUACGUGGCUAUUGAACAGAACAUAGUAUCACAUAAGAGUUUACUGGAUAAUAUUAUGGAGAAAUCUCAGUCGCUCACAUCGCCUGAUGCACAAUCUGGUGUAUCAGAAUUACAAGAACAGUAUGAGGCCCUGCGCAACAAGUGCAAGGAAAAUAUAAGCACAUUGGAAUACAAUGUUAGUGAACACCAGAGGUACAAUGAGAGCCUUCAAGAGGUCCAAGAGUGGCUUGGAUCAGAACAGGACACUCUUGUAGCAUGCACUGACACUAGUGGUGACAAACACUCUCUAUACAAUCGCCUAGAUACCAUACAAGCUGUGACAACAUCAAUAGAGAAUGGAGAGGCUAAAUUGAAAUCUUUGGAAAAUCAAGCUGCUUUGAUAGCAGAAAGUUCAAACCCAAGUGGACAACAGACUAUAAACAAAGCUAGAGAUACAUUAAAACAAAAUCUUGCCAAUAUGCAUGGACAAAUCAGAGAAUCUCAGGAAUCAUUGAAUGUGAAGGUAUCUGAAUGGAAGGAGUAUGAAGCACUGUUUGAAGAGCUCUCAAAAUGGCUGAAAGUUAUGGAAGGUCAGGUUAAAGGUCAGGAGUUCAAGGCCACUGUUGAUGAGAAAAAGUCUCAAGUUGAAACAUUUAAGAAUUUAUUGAACACUGUAAGCAGUCGUCAGGAGGACUUCGACCAGCUGUCUACCCAGGGCCAGAAGCUCGACAGAGGGGAGGCCAGGCAGACAACAUUGACCAAUCAGCUUAAUGCUAGGUACCACACCCUCAAGUCAAACAUCAAGGAUGCUAUCUCCACAUGGGAAGCUUACGUUGAAAGCCACACAGAGUACAACUCAAACUACGAGCGAUGUACACACUGGCUCUCUGAUAUGGAGGCUAGAAUACGCGAUGCCAAUAGUACAUCCGGUGACCAAUCAGAGCUCGUUGCUCGGCUAGGUCACCUUGAUGAUGUUUUGCUUGAGAAAGAUGAGGGUGCUUCAAUACUUCACAGUGCUGUUGAGAGUGGAGAGAAGUUGUACCCUACUACCUCAGUUGAUGGCAGAGAGGCCAUUAGACAUGCUCUCAGGGGACUGCGUGAGAGGUUAGAUGCUGUUAGUGAUUCAGGCUCAGAUGUUCAUCACAAGUUAGACACCACCCUUAACCAAUGGACACAGUUCCAGGAAGCUCUCCGUCACUUCACUAAGUGGCUACGUGAGCUAGAUCUUAAACUCAAACAGGAGACAGAACUUCGAGCCAAUCUUACUGAUAAGAAAUCUCAAAUGCAUACUGUUAAAGGUUUGUAUAGAGAUGUGAUGUCACGGCGACACAGCCUCAAUGAUCUCAUGGAUAAGGUAAACAAUUUGGUGGCAGCCAGUGGGGAAGAGUCUAUGAAAGAUGAAGUUGAGUCUAUUAAAGAGGAAUAUGAGGGAGUAUGUAAUGAAUGUAAGAUGAACAUUGGGUCUGUUGAGGAGGCUAUUGUAAACCACCAACAGUACAUUACCUCUCUUCAAGAUUGUACAACAUUUAUUGAGAACAUCAAAACUAAGGCUAUAGCCCUCAAAGAUACAACUGGGGACAAACACUCAGUUCAAAACAGACUUGAGCGCCUACAAGAACUGGAGUCAACUAAAAACAAUGGUGAAUCAAAAUUGGUAAAAACCAAAGAUGAUGCAUCCAAAGUCCUAACAGAAACAAAUAAAACUGGACAGGAGGUUAUCAAAAAGGAACUGGAAAACCUUCAGAAGGAUUGGGAACUAAUUGAGGCAUGUCUGCAUGAGACAAGGCCACAGUUAGAGAGUGUUUUACAGCAUUGGAGCAGCCAUGACUCUAAACUGGACGAAUUGAAUCGCUGGAUCAGGGAGACUGAGCAGAAAGUGAAAAAUGUGGAACUGCUAGCUACCAUUGAUGAAAAAGAGAAACAGCUUGAAAAUAUGAAGGAACUUCAAGAGGAUAUAAUCAGUAGACAGACAGCAAUUGAAGACUUCAGUAUGACAUCACAGACCUUAAUCCCAGGAGAUAGUCGUAAUGCAGCAUUCUCUAGUCAACUCAGCACCCGCUACCACAGCCUUAAAUCUACCAUAAAAGAUACAGUCAACAAAGUCCAGGCUUCAAUAAAGGAUCACCAGAUGUACCUAGAUAGUUACUCAGAGUGUAAGGAAUGCUUAGAUUCACUUGAAUCCAACAUAGAGAACAACUCUACCUUGGCUGGUACUCUGAAGGGGGUGCAGCAACAACAGGAACAGCUGCAGGGUCUGAAAGAGCAAGAUGAACGCAGUGUUGAAUUGUUACACAGAACUGUGGAGAGAGGUGAAAGGUUAUACUCCAGUACAGCAGCUGAGGGGAGGGAGACAAUUAGACAACAACUCAGAUCAUUAAAGAUGCAGUCUGAUAAGGCAUCAGACAAACUCCAUACUUCCCAGCAACAAGUUGACGCAUGUGCCAUACAAUGGGCCACAUAUACAGACAGCCAUGAACAUUUCAAUACAUGGUUACUGGAAAUAAAGCAGAGAAUCAACAGCAACAAUGAACUCAAGUCAACAAUCUCUGAGAAAAAGUCACAGUUACAGGAACAGAAGUUAUACUACCAAGAAUUGGUGUCUCAUGGCCAUUCCCUGCAAACUUUGAUCAAUAAGGCUGAUACUGUUGCGAAGUUAACUGACACUGUUGAUAUUGAACCAAGUAUUAAAGCAAUUAAAGGGGAAUAUGAUGAACUGGUGAAGGAAUCCAAGCUUUUGGUAGAAGUCAUGGAGAGUUCAUGUACGCAGCAUCAGGAUUAUGACAACGCUGUUCAGAACUUUGCCGACUGGAUUGAAAACAUCAAGGAGCAGCUGAAUCCAUUAUGCCAAACAACAGGAGAUAAUCUCACAUUACAGAAUAAACUUGAUAAACUCAAAGAUCUGGAAUACUCAAUCAAAACUGGCAACCAGAACUUAGCAAGUAUCAAAUCACAGUCAGAUAAAGUCAUUGAGAAAACAUCUGAAUUGGGUCAGGGGACAAUAUCGCGGGAUUUAGCCGCCAUGAACACAGAUCUAGAACUGUGUAAAUCAACAUGUGUUGAGGCACAGAAUGAGCUCAAGAAUGUUCUAGAGGAUUAUUCCUCUUAUGAGCUGUUCUAUGAGGCGUUGACUCAGUGGUUAAGAGAUAUGGAGACCAAGCUCAAGGGAAUAGAUAUGAAACCAGACCUAUAUGAGAAACAAACACAACUUGAUAAGAUUAAGGUUCUACAAGAUGAUAUUGUAGACAAACAGACUGAUUUUGAGGAUGUGGUUAUCAAGGCUCAUGACCUUCAAGGAACUGAUAGCCGCCUAGCAUCUCACACUAACCAGCUAAAUACAAGAUACCAGGAGCUCCAAACAAAUACCAAAAUAGCCGUCUCCAAAUGGGAGUCUUACAUUAAGUCUCAUGCUGCUUACAGUGAAGCAUAUUCUGAAUGUUCACAAUGGUGUUCUUCUCUAUCUGGGGAUAUAACAAGCUGUAAUGUUUCGACAGGGGAUAAGAAUACAAUAACCGAGAGUCAGGUACGCCUACAGGAGUUGCUUGAUGAAAAAGAUAAAGGUGCGUCUAAGAUCCAGGCUGUGAUAGAGGCGGGUGAGGGCCUGUACCCAAGCACGAGCUCAGAUGGUAGAGAGAUUGUGCGUCAAGAGUUGAGAGUGUUAAAAGAACAAUGGGACGCUCUGUCUGAUCAAGCUCUCGAAACUCAACAUGCUUUGAGUAGUAAUCUUGUUCAAUGGUCAACAUUUGAGGAAACUUGCCUGCAGUUCAUACAGUGGCAGAUAGGUGUCUCACAUAAGCUCCCCACUGAUAUGGAUUACAAAGCCACCCUUGGGGAGAAAUCCAUCCAAUUACAAGACCACAAAAUCAUACAUCAAGAUAUUGUUAAUCACAAACAAGGCCUUGAUACGCUAAACCAACGACUUCAUAAUAUGUCCACUAGGGAUCCCUCAGUUGCGGACAUUGUUGAGAAAAUCCAGGAUGACUAUAGAGUAUUAGUUGAGAAAUCUAAGGCUAUUAUUGGGACCCUUGAGAAAAGUGUUAGUGAACAUGGGGAAUACCACGAAGCAGUUAAAGAAUUCUCUGAGUGGAUUCAGGAGCUCGAGAAUGAACUCGAAGGACUCAACAACACAACAGGAGAGAAACACACUGUACAGACAAGACUGGAUAAGAUUAAGUCCCUUCAAAACCAAGAGUCAGUUGGAAAUACCAAACUAGAUGACUUGACAGAGCUAGGAGCUAAAGUAUCGGAGACCACAUCAUUGCCAGGCAUAGAGACUCUGCAGAGUGAAAUUACAAAGUUAAAAUCCAAGAUGGCUACUGUCUUUGAUAAAAUGAAUAGCUGUGAAGAAAGUAUACAGGCUAUAGUUGAUAAGUGGCAGAAUUAUGAGGAUAGUUACACUAAGGUGACUGCAUGGAUGAAGGCCUCAGAACAGCAGAUUAAAGUGUACGAACUGAAGGCAUCACUUACAGAGAAACAAGAGCAGCUACAGAAACUCAAGACCUUGAAAGAAUCUGUUGCUGAUUACCAAGAUGAGAUUGAUGACUUCAUGGAUGCUGCACAUGAUCUGGUUGAAGCUAGUGAGGAGACACGUAUAUCAAGCUACAUAGCUCAGGUGUCAAAUCGCUACCAGGCUCUACAAGUACAUUGCAAGGAGCUGAUAUUGAAGUGGCAGGGUUAUGUAGGAGAACACGAGACGUAUGAAGAGAAGACUGAAGGGUUUGAAAGCUGGCUGAGUCAGGCCAGGUCCAGGCUGGAAGAGUGCACUCAAGACUCCAUGGAUAGAGACAUACUACAGGAACACAAGUAUACAGUACAGAUCUUACUUGCUGAGAAAGACCAAGGAUUACAAUGUCUCAAUGAACUUGUCUCAAGUGGAGAGAAACUUUAUCAAGGAACAUCUCCAAAAGGCCGUGAAGUCAUCCGCCAUGACUUGCGAUCUGCCAGAGAAUCAUGGGAUAGCCUCAUUCUGAAACUAACUGAAUCUCAGAAGUCAGUUGACACUGCAUUGACUGAGCUGAACCUUUAUAUUGAACAUAAGGCAGUGUUACAACAAUGGCUUGAUGAUACCUUAUCUCAGUUAAGUGGUGAGCUUAAACUGAAACACACCUUAGCAGAGAAGCAGACUCAGUUAGAGAAACACAAGCAAAUUGUACAAGGUGUUGUUGCCAAGAAACGGGAUGUUGAUUUGUUGGUCUCUGAAACAGAACAGUUGAGCAAGGGGGAGGAAGCACCACAAAUGGAAGAUCUAGUGUCAGGCAUUCGUGAGAAAUACACCCAGCUUGUCACAAUUGCUAAGGGUCAGUGCCAGCAGGUUGAGACGUCAGUGACUGAACACAGGACCUACUCUACAACAUACCAGACUACCAUAGAUUGGCUAAAACAACAGCAGACCAAGCUGAACCUCUAUGGAGAGACAUCAGGUGACAGACACGUGCUGCAGAAUAGACUUGGGAGGCUACAGGGAUUGCAAAGCACAACGGCUGAGGGGAGAAAGUUGCUUGAUCAAUGUUGCCAUAGUGCUGAUGUUACCAUGGCAACCACUGGUAGCAACGGGCGGAUUAGCAUCCAGGAUCAAAACUCAGCACUCACUUCUGAUUUCCAAGAGUUUGAGAGUAAACUCGGGAGAAAUAUUCAAGGCAUCGAAGAUUGCUUGGAAAAAUGGCAGAAUUAUGACUCAAAGUAUGAAUGGUUCGCUGGCUGGAUUAAAGAAAGGGAACGAGAGGCAAAGGAUUUCUCACUUAAGGCUUCCCUGCCAGAGAAAGAACAACAGCUGACUAAAUAUAAGGCGCUGAUGCAAACAGUACAAGUGGAACAGGUAGAGGGUGAUGCUGUAAGUGACUUGGCAACAGACAUACGACAGAGUACAGGUGACACUAGGCCAACCAAUUAUGCCACGCAGCUCGUCACACGUUAUCAGGCUCUCAGUAACACAUGCAAUGAUGUGUGCAGAAAAUGUGAAACAGCUGUGAAUGAGCACCAGCUGUACACAGAGAACUACAGCAGAUGUAACAGCUGGCUAGAGGGCUUACAAGAGAGACUUUCAGAGUGUCAAGAUACUGGAUGUACGAGAAAGCAACUCUUGGCUCACCAGACAACUUUGCAAGAGCUUGUUGAUGAGAGGGAAGGUGGUCUCAACAAACUGAAUCAGACAACAGAAUCAGGAGAACAGCUCUACCCUAACACAGCCUCUGAAGGCAGAGAGGUCAUACGUCAUGAGUUACGCUCCCUCCGUGUUGCCUGGGAAGCAUUUUGCGAUGGCCUCACAUCAGCUCAAAGGAAAACAGAGGUAGCCACUAUACAAUGGUCGUCUGCUGAUGAUAAUUUGCAGCAGACAGAGAAAUGGUUACAGUCAAUGAUGAUUAAAACGAGUGAGGAGUUCACAUUAAAGGCAACGUUGGAGGAGAAAAAGAUGCAGCUACAAGCCUACAAGUCUCUACAACAGGAUAUUUCUGCUCACAAGAGGGCGCUGGAUACUACAUCAGAUAAAGUGCAGUCUAUUCUACAGACCUCACCUGAUCCCAUAGUGACAGAAAGGCUGGAGGCCAGUAAAAGAAACUAUGAUGAAAUACUUGCAUCUUGUCAGGGUUCUGUCGGAAGAUGCAACAAGAUCGUUGCAGCACAUGAGCAGUAUACCGAUCUAUAUAACAACUGUCAGGAUUGGUUUAAAGCCAUGAAGGAGCGUGUCGUUUUGUGUGAUGACAUCACAGGCGAUAAACUAGCCAUUCAGAGUCGACUUGAUCGAGUGCAGGAUCUGGAAAAUGUAAAAACAGAAGGAGACGCAAAAAUCGAAAAUAUAUGCAAGUCAGCAGAUGAUGUCAUAGUAGAUACAGCUUCCCGGGGGCAGCAGCUCAUCCAAUCAGAAGUUGCGAGGUUGCGUCAGGUUUGGGUUGACUAUUUAGACAAUCUUAGCGAGGUUAGAGCCAAGCUAGAAAAGUGUGCCAGUCAGUGGGAAUCAUGGGAAGAUAGGCAGGACUCCUGUACUGCAUGGUUGAGAUCCCAGGAGGCUAUGGUGCGUGACAUUCAACCACAGUCAACAUUGGCAGAGAAGGCGGCCCAGGCUGAACGUAUCAAUACUGCAUUAAGAGAGAUGAUAGCAUAUGGUUCAGAGAUUGACUCCAUGAGUGAGAAUGGGCAGAGUCUUUCAGCAAACACGUCUAACACCAGAGUAGCAAACCUUGCCUCACAGAUAACUGCCAGAUACCAUGCACUAGUCAGUAGCUGUAAGGAACAGUGUAGGAAACAAGAACAUGCUGUGAGUGAACACGAGGGCUAUGGACGACUAUGUGAGGCUAUGCAGCAGAGCCUAGAUGACCUGGAGGCCAAACUGAGCAACAAUACAUCCACACAAGGGGACAGACCUGCCGUACUUGCAAGAUUGCAGACUGUCCAGAACUUACUGUCCUACAAUGAAGAAGGAAAUCGUAAACUUGAAACCAUUCGUGAGAAGUUACAAAGUGUUUUGGUGAACACUAGCCCAUCUGGAAAAGACACCUUAAGACAGGAGGCUUAUACCUUACAACAAACUCUCGACGAUCUCAUGAAAUCCAUCCAAGAUGGCAUAGAUAAUCUCCAGACAUGUUUGAGCCAAUGGGGUGCUUAUUCUGAUGUGUCGAAUAAAACAGAAACCUGGUUGGCUGACAUUGAGAGUCAGGUUGCCAUGGAAACAGGAAGUCAAAUGACCCUUGUUGAAAAACAAGAUCAACUGGAAAGGAUCAAGACUUUGAAGCUGACCCUACUGGGAGAGAAAGGUUUGGUAGACAAACUGAGGGAGAAAUCCUCUGAGCUGCAGACACAGAACAGUGACCCUCACCUUGCCAGAGAGACUGAUCUCGUUGUUGACAGAUAUCACAAGGCUCUUGAUAAAGUAGAGGACUUACUGAGGGAAUGUGACAAUGCAGUGUCAGACCACAUCAUCUACCAAGAGGCCCUGGACAAUGCCACAGAAUGGAUAGAGUCAACUAGGGAGAAACUGACCCCACUGAGUAGCCUGGAGGGGGAUAGGCACACCACGCAGGCUAAAUUACUCAAGGAUGGUCAAAACCUGCUCCAUACCAUGCAGACAUGGGGAGAGAAAACUCUGACAAAUUCAUCGCUCUCUGGGCGAGACACCAUCCGCCAAAAUCUUCAGAAAACUCACCAAGAUUAUGAAACAUUGACAAAACGACUCGCAGAUACCAAAGUCACACUAGAAAGCUGCCUUCUGGAGUGGUCAGAUUAUGGCGACCGCACAGAUCAGGU